UCCAAUAUGGCGGCCCAAAUGGAAGGCCAAGGAAGACAUGGCCACUUUUUAUUGUUCUGUGACACUUUUAAUCAUGAGCAAAACGAGGAAAUGCAUUUGGAUUUGGUAAGUUUUCCUCGCCCAGUGUGUAUCAGUGAAGUUCGCGUUAUUCCUCGUGGCGGAAGACCUCAUUUAGCUAUUGAUAGAGUAGGAGAAACUCAUCCAUCAUCGUUUAAACUGGAAUUAUUCAUCAGAAAUCUCAAUAAAUGUCAAGCUGUGACAUUCGACAAGCUUGGCGUGCUGGAUUUUCAUGAAGUAAUGAAUUACAACCUGACCACUCAGUCUGAGUCUGCCACAGAUGUGGUUGUCCUCCGAGGAUGGUACACCAAACUGACAGUAUGUCUAUAUGGUUACUUCACCAACAUACAAGAAGCACCAUCAACAACAGACACUGCAGAGACACAGCAAACCCAACCAGUCGAAGAGAAAGCUGGUCCUGUCAACAAACCAGAAGAAACUGUUGAGGUGAAAAAAGAGGCAGAAUCUUCUCCAGUGGAAGUGAAAUCAGAGGAGAUGGCCAAAAGGAAAGAGGAUGUUGAAACAUCUCCGGACAAGACUGCCGCUGCAUCAGAAAAGAACGAAGAGAAAGAAAAAUCACCACCAAAGAAAGUCAAUGAACAGGAAGAAAAGAAGGAAGAACAGGAAGCGGGAAAGGAUUCUCCAGAACCUGUCGAUGAUCUCUUUGAGCCCCUCACUCCAGAUAAAUCACCCACUGAUCUCUUUAUGUCCGACGAGGAGGAUGUUGAACAGGAUGGUUAUGAAGCAAUUCUCAGCGACGAGGAGAUUAUGGAUGACGGUCACCCCUACGACGAUACGGAUGUGCUAGACUUCCAGCUUUACGCCGAGGAUACCUGGAUGUCUGUGUCAGUCAGUUUCAACCCCUAUCAAUGCGACCUUUCAAAACUCACGUCCUUUCCAUCUUUGGAAACAGGUCAAGAGCCUGCAGGUGAUUCGUUGGACAAAAUGAAACAAUUGUUAGAGCAGUAUAAUAACGAGGGAAAAACAUCAAAGUCUGUUGAAUUGUUGGAGCUCAUCAGUGAUUCUUCUGUUAUUCCUUCACUUUGUGAAUCAGACAAGCACGAAGAAUUACAAAAAACUUUGGUUGAGCUGGCUCUAAACGCUAUUGACCUUGAAGAAGCUCAAAAUUUCCCAAUUGCCGCGAAUAUUCGUCGAUUAAAGUUUGGUAUGAAGCUGGUGUCUAAGCUCUGUGAAAGUGGCGGGAAAACAUGUAAAAUGCUUGUGAAUAAAAAUGUUCAAGAGAAACUGUACGAGUUGCUCGUAGCUGAACACAUGUCAUCAUCUGUGAAGCUUGUCGCUCUUCAAGCUCUUCACAGUUCAGUGGAAUUUUCUGUUGGUAUGGAGCAUUUCAUUGGAUGGAAUGGAGAGGGCAGUACAAGCGAGCCAGAUACCAUUAGCGGUUAUGAAAAACUUGUAGAUCUUCUUGCUUUGGAAGAAGGUGUCCGCGUUGUUACGGCUGGAACGAGUCUUGUGCACAGAGUUCACAUUUUUGAAAUGCUGGGAAAUCUCUACAAAGUUGUUGAAAAUAUCAUAAGAAACACCAACAAUUUGCUGGCGACGAGAAAGGAAUUUUCUCAAGCCAACAUGGAGGAUAUGGACAAUGUUGAUAUGGAUGACGAAAACAGCGCAAUGGAUUUACAAGAUCUUUUGAAUGCAGAACAACUGGAAAUCAUCAUCGGUUGUCUUGAAGAGGUUCACAAUGCUCUCGUCAAUGCUCGGGAACUCUUGGUGCAGCCUCAUACCCAGGCCUUUCCGACGUCGGUCAAAAUCACGGCCGUUAACAACGAAUCAAAGGACCCAUUCCCAAUGCUCUAUCGGAUGUUAACAGACAGGAAACUUCUGGAGUCAAUUCUUGUGUUGUUUUCAUGUCCUGUCGGCUUCCUUUCGCCCGUGUUUACAGCGAUAAGAGACAUUUUCUUUUAUCUUCUACAGUCUCAGGAAGGUUUGCUGUUUCUGUCGUCCGACCCUGAAUGCACGAAUGAAAUUGUCAGAAUAUUAACACAGACUGAAACUGAUUUCCACUACAGUGUAGCACCGUCGUUACAGGACUUUCUUCGUGACUCAAGCGCGGCCGACCACUGCACUCCACAACAUUUGGGGUUAUUAUUGAUCUAUCAUCUCCAGACUUUACAAGCUAUCGAUCAACUUAAAUCAUCUCAUAGUUCUGAUUUAUCCGGUAUUGACCUGGAUGGUGCUGACAUUCUCUCUACUUUACAUUCUCUUUACUCGAUGACAUUUACUGCCUUGGGAAAAGCAGCCGUGACGAAUGUGUUAGGAAUGGCCAACAAUCUCGAAUGUCUUUUACCGUUUGUAGAACACGCUGACAAGCUAAGUUUGGAUUCCAAAGACUCGAAAUCGAAGAAAAGUGUUUCCAGUCGAUAUGCAUCCGUUUUAAUUCUUCUCACUAUUCAAGGUUUAGAAAAUGUGGAAAUACUUCACAGAUUCGGUGAAAGAAUGUGGAAGAUUGGUCAGGACAAGGAGUCGACGUUAGGACAACUGAAUCAUUGGUUGAGUCCUGUGAAAGAUGUCAACUUUGAGGUUAUGUCAAUUCCAGCUCUUGUUGAAUUUGUCAAGAGCAAAGCGGACGAACUAAGAAACGAAAAUGUGGCGUGUGGUGUGCUGACUGCCGUUCGUGUCAUCCGCUAUCUAACUGUGCCCAAAACCAGCAUACUUCCUGAUUGCCAAAAAGACUUGACAUACAACGUUGCGUGCAUUCAGCUGUUUUCAGCAAAUGCUAUGGACGUUUUCAUCACAUUAACGCAGAAAAUUAACGAGUUCUUGCAGCGUCCGUGGCUACAAGGACAACCAUUCACAAGCGGACAUUGCUACUAUGUUGUUUCGAUAGUCCUGCCAUUGUUAGCUUGUGUCAACCGCCUUCUUGCAGAGCUGUUGUCCACAAGUGUCUAUCAAUUCAAAGACACUCGUCUGCUGACUGAGCUCAUGGCUCUCUACAGCAUCAUGUGUUCGGUAUCAGGCUCCCUGUCCUCAAUCGCGCAGAAAGUACAGAAUGAAAUUGUUGAUGUGCUCAUGGCCUUCACUCGGCCAGUUCUGCAGACGAAUGACACGGAAGAGGCGAUCAAUAACAGCGUUUGGUUGCUGAUGUUAAAAGAACUCCUGCAGCACACGAUGUCUCGGCCCCAGUUCUUCCUCGGCGGCCUCUCGCUUCUCUCCGAACUCUUACCCAUUCCUCUUCCGAUUAACACGCUCGAGGAUUUACCCGAAGGCGAAGUUGAAAAACUCAUCAAGCAUCGUCUGCUAUGGAGUGCUCAUCUAAAUCCUCUCACCUCAACAAUUCAGCGAAUGUUGAAAGAUUUAUCUGGGUCGUGUUGUCACAGUCUACAGCUGGUAUUGAGAAGAGUUUGUUGUCAGUUGGCCGAUGUUUCUGCCCCGAUGGCCUUGACUGUUGUGAGAACCUUAUUGGCAGUUGUUGAUAACGAUAAGCCGGAGAAAGCUUGCAAAAUAGAGAAAGAUAACGCGAGCCCCAAAGAACAAGAUCCACACGUCGCCUGUAGUUCCCAUGUCAUGAGAGUCAUCACUCUGAUUGCCUAUCUGUCGGCUCAACCAGCCGUGAAAUCUGCUUUACUGUUUUUCCUUAAACCAGGAAAUCCAGAUGAAGUACCAUUUCCAGAUCUGUUGAAUUCCUUGCUGCGUAUUCUCAAGAUCACUUCGGAGGAACUGGUCAUUUCGCGGCUGAAAUAUUGCGUUGUCACAAUAAUACAGUCAUUAUGCGAUCCACAAAUAAGUCUGACAACAUUCGACACUCCGUUUUCGCUAAACCAGCUGGGAGAUGCGAUGCCUGAUAGAGACAUGUUUGCAUCCAUAUGUUCAGCCCUGUUGGAAAACAUUGGUUCCACUUCCCAGUCCUACGCGACCAUUCUUCAAGUCUUGCGAACUAUCGUGAUGCUGACAGAGCACGAUUAUGGCCUCUUCCAUAUUAAACAGGCUUUGAACAAAGACAAAGAGGUUUUUUAUCGAUUGUUCCAAGGAUUAUGUUCCUCGUUCAGGCCUGGUAUACCUGGCCCAGACUCUCUGUCCACCCUUUCAACAGCUACAGAGCUUCUUCAGUUACUUAUGCCUUCUUCAAACGUCCCCGAAGAGGCGGGAGGAACCGAGGAGGCGACGAAGGAUUCCGAAACAAUAGAAUGCGAAACGGGAGGCGGCGAAGAAGGGGAGAAGAAAAUUAAGAAGGAGGAUAUGGAGAAAGUUGCAGAUAAAGUGGAAGAAAUGAACAUUGAGGUCGAAGUGGAAAACAACGAAGGGCAAAGAACCUCAAAAAGAUUCUUAUGAACAAUUUACGAGUGACCAGCCGCCGUUGUAUGCAAGAAAGAUUCACGUCUCCGUUAGGGAGUUCCACGAAUUGAUGAAAACG